AUGUCGGUGCUACUGGUGCUACUCGACACUGUGCGGCUCUUUGUGGUGCACAGAAAUCGCAGCGGAAUUCCAGUGUUUAAAGGUGCAGAUAAGCCAGUUCUCGGGAACACCAUUGAUGCGGGACACUUUCACGGGCAGGACGGGCUCGGAGACGCUCCUGACCCCAACGCCCCCGGUCUGGACCUGGUUCAGAAGGAGGGCGGCGUGUCAGCGAUGAUCAGGAUCAUCAAUGAAAACCCAGGAGAGGUGUCUCUGGUUGCCACGGCACCACUCACCAACCUGGCUCUGGCUGUGAGGUUGGAUCCGUCUCUACCGAGUAAACUGCGAGGGCUCUACAUCAUGGGAGGAAACACUGAAUCUCGAGGAAACAUAACAGUUUGUGCCGAGUUUAAUUUUGCUGCUGAUCCAGAAGCUGCUUACAUCGUACUGAACGAGUAUCAGUGUCCCACUUACUUGGCCUGCUGGGAGUUUACCUGCUACAGCAAACUGUCCUGGGAGUUUUGCGACGACUGGUUGGCACAGGACACCGACAAAGCUCGCUUCAUGGCUCGGAUCUUCCGCUACAGCAUGGAGGUUUCAAAAAGUGACAGAUUCAAGAAGGAGUUUGUCGCCGGCACAGGGUUCGUGUCCUGCGACUCGUACGCCAUGGCUGCCGCUGUAGACGACUCGUUCGUCACAGAGAGCAACCACUAUGCAGUUAGCGUGGAGCUGACGGGCACGCACACCAGAGGCAUGAUGGUCGUCGAUACCUUGGGCCUCCUGAAGUCUGUGAAUAAGGCUUUCAUUAUAAAGAAGGUGGAUAUGAAGAAGUUUGAGAAGAUGAUGAUGGCGGCUUUGAAGUGACAACUUGAAGCGCGCCAUGUCUCCUAGUCCAUGUUAUAUCUCAGUCUGGUCUCACAAACCAGCAGAUAUUUCUAUCUUUAAAGGAACAAACUGUAGAUGCCAGAUAAUUAAACUUUUAACUGACUGUAUAUUGUAACUUUAGACUGCCUAAAGCUGUAAAGACUCAUUUUUAAUUCAA